CCAAUACUUUCAACUACAGUGUGUAACUUUUUUUCCCCUUUGCAUUUUCCCUACCAAUUCGUGGUUCCCUUUUUUGUUCUAUUUACUUUUAUGAUGCAAUUUGAAAGCACGCGCCUACUUUGAUCAAAGUUACCUUGAUCAUGUAAACCCAUCUUUUACUGGUAUUCAAGACACAGUGCGCUGUUUAAUUACGAUCAAUUUCAGCUUUGUUGAAACUUUUUAGUCUAAUUACGAAUAUUAGAAUCGGUGACGAGUUAAAACUUUUGGAAGUUGUUUCCACGCCCCUAAAAUAGAGACAGACCUUAAGAUUUUUUAUUAAAAAUAAGUUUUAUCUGAUAGCAAUGUUUAUGUGAAUACUGGAUUGUAUAUCUUUUCAUAUGGCUUUACAUGUGACCAGUGAAUGAACCGACACAAUCAUAGGAAACUUUAACUCAUUUUGUCUUGUAUUGCUGUGAAGAUUGGUAGUGAAGACUUUAUCUUAUAAAAUGGUAAUUAUUACGAAGUAUUUUUUUUUCCCUCCGUAACAGCAAGAACUCUUAAAAAAAACUUUUGCUCAGAUAAUUUGUCAUUUGUAUCUAUAAGGUGUUGACACAGAAAUCUGCUGGAGAUAUAUUAACAAUGUCAAAAAACAUGUCAGAAAACAAAGAAACUAAACCUGGAGCUCACCAUAUUUCAGAAAAGGUUUUGUCUAAAGGGGAAUUUAUUGCUUUAGAAAAUUAUACUUAUAAAGAUCAUGAAGCAGUUGAAAGAACUUGGGAAGUUGCUACAAGAGUUUCUAAGCCAGAAGAAGGAAAUCCAGACUGUGUAGGGUCUCUGGCAGUUCUAAGACGUUUGCUGAAGUAUGAUUGCUUAAUACUUGUGAAGCAAUAUAGACCAGCUCUUAAACAAUACACACUGGAAUUCCCUGCUGGUAUUGUUAAUCCUUCUGAAAAGCCUGAAGAAACUGCAAUCAGAGAACUAAAAGAAGAAACUGGAUAUAUCUGCUCUAGUGUAAAACAUGUUAGUCGCUUGACAGCCCUUGAUCCAGGUUUAACUAACUCUACCAUGAAAGUUGUAACUCUUGAGGUGGAUGGGGAUGUUCUUGAAAAUCAUUAUCCUAAGCAGUGUGAUCAUGAUUUUCAUGCUAUUGAAGUUCUUCAUAUUCCUGUUAAUGAGCUUUUAAACAGAUUAAAUGAUUUUAGUGAGCAAGGAGUUAUAAUUGAUUCAAGAGUUUACUGUUUUGCUAUUGGCCUUACUGUGGGAGCAAAGAAUGCUUGCUACAAGCAAACAGCAAAUCCUUACUGAGGAUUAUAUUAGAUUUGUGAUAUACAAAAAAAGUGUUUCAUUGAAGCUGUUGUGGUUAUCUGGUCUCUGUUGAUAUUUUCUGCUAUAAAGAAACUUAAUUUGUCAUGCAGUCUUAUUUCUAAAAUUUUUCCUAACAUAUAUUUUAAUAACAAAAGAAUCUUGAACCAUAUCUUUACUGUGCAUAAUAAUUAAGCAAUUUUUCAUUUACUAAUUUUGAAAAAUGUCUUUACAAUAAAAAAAAAUCUUAAAAUCUUUUUCUGAUGCAUUCAGCAGUUUUAUCAACAGUAACCUGCAACCAUGCUUAAUUUAAUGCAGCAUUGUUCAUUACUUGUUAUAUAAUUCAUUUUGUCAUACUUUUUUGUUAGUUUUGUAUGAGAUUUGAAGAGUUGUUGCUGUGUGAGAUAUUUUUUAAGCCGGUUGCAGAUAUGUAUUGUGAUUAUUUUUCUACUGUUUCUAUUUUAUCAUGUUUAUUCAACUAAGAAUAAAAUUUUCAUUUAUUUUUAA